AUGCCUUCUGCUACCUUUGGUCCGACAAUACGGCCUUCGCUGUCACACGCUGCUCGCUCGCCCAGCAUGCCCCGUCGCAAGCGAAAGCCGCGUCCUCAGUAUCCUCAAGACUCUACCGAGCGCCAUGUCGAGUACAUUCUGGUCGCCUCAUUCGACAUUGACACGGGCUCCGUCAUGGAGCAUCAAUAUCCCACUCCAAUCGGCGGCGACGAGCACAUGUUGGCCGAACUCAUGCUGCCCGACCAGACUCAUUUGCGUAGCCAGGACUGGACCAUCUUCUUCUUGCACAAGGACCAGUCCACAGAGGACGAAUUGCAGCAGAGAAGAGACAGACGUAAUCAACGGAGGGCAGAGAAGAAGAAAAUGCGAGCCGAAGCCAGCUCUGACAACGCAAAUACAGCCGAACCCGCCCUGGACAAUGAUUCCGACGACAAUACAGAAGAUGCCGAGUCCGAAGACGACGCUGUCAAGAGCACACAAGGCACUCCGCUGGUAUACGUCCUCAAUCUUGUCAACACCAAGCACGAUGCCAACGUAAAGCGAGGUGCUAUAGUAAAGGCCAUGGCAAUUUGCACAAGGCACUCGUUCUUGCACAUAUACAAGCCACUGCUUCUCCUAGCAUUGGAGGACUACUUCCGCUCUCCCACAAUCGAAACUCUGGCCUCUUUGUACGAAUCUGUCAACGCCAUGGACCUCUCACUUCUCCCACGAUUAUCAUUCCAGGAACGGUACAUUCUCCAAGCCUCUGAUGUCAAAGAUCUGUUCAUCGAGAAGUUCGAGGCCAUGGUCCAUAGACGUGUCCAGGAGGACAAGGCCAAAGACCAGUCUGAAGACAAACAACUCCAACAGCAGCUGCCUCGUCAACGAUAUGGUUUGCCACGAGACACCCAUGAGUACGAUACCGUCGUGCAUUACAACAAGAUCCCGGUCCCCAUCAAGAUCCCCACUGCUUUGUCUCCCGAGACUGUCGGCGAUUUUUCCAUCAUCAAACUUAUCCAGACUUUCAGCACGCCUCACUCGGCCUCUCCUCAACCUUUUACUCAGCACCAUCCUCAUCUGACCACCUCUGGUCCUCUUACACAUCCCAUCAUUGUUCUUCUUAAUGCAUUGCUGAGUCAAAAGCGCAUCAUCUUUAUCGGUCAUAACCUGCCUUCUUCAGAAGUCGCAGAAGCUGUGCUAGCUGCAUGUUCUCUGGCCUCUGGUGGUUUCCUACGAGGCUUCACCCGUCACGCGUUCCCAUAUACCGAUCUUACCAAGAUCGACGACUUGCUCAAGGUACCAGGCUUCAUUGCUGGUGUCACUAAUCCUGCCUUUGCUACACAUACCCAAUGGUGGGAUCUUAUGUGCGAUCUGCCAACGGGACGUAUCAAGAUCAGUCCAAAGAUUGAGCAAGCUCCUUUGACCGAAGGUGUCCUGUUCUUCCAACAAAACGGACAUGGAAUGCCUCAACAGCACAAUGCACCAGGACCCGUCUCAUCAGCUGGCACAGCAACAGGUGCAGGCAUGAGUGGCUUCCCGUCCAUACCAUCCGGAGCUGGAGACCCUACUGGCGAUGUAGCGUUCAUGUCUAGCGUUCUUGCCUCGAUCGCCGAACGCCGUGGUGAAGGUGCCGUCCGUCUGAAGUUUCGUCUUUGGAUCCUGAAGUUUAUCCGCAUAGCAGCAUCUUUCGAAGAGCUGGUCUAUGGUGCCUCGGCGAUCUUUGCAUACUACCCGCCCGGCUCGCCAGUCUCGCCAGCUACAGCCACCUUGGACUUCCCUUCGCCAAUGACAGUGCUGGAUGCUGCAUUGGAGGAUCCAGCUGUGGCAGGUCAUGGCUACAUAUGGCCAACCCAAGAAGCCAAGAUGCGCGAACUAGCCGCCAACGCCACUCGCAUCGAAGGCUGGACCAAGACACGAAGCUACUACAAUUUCAUCCAAGACUUUAGCGUCAUGUUCUCCCUCCGUCCAAUCCAAGACCUCGAUCUCCAGCAUUUGCACGACAAACUCACAAAACUGCGUCUUGGCGGCGAUGCCUCUGCAGCUGUCUACCUCGCCAUCUGCGCCAGAGUAACUACAUACGAGCAAAUCAACCAAUUGCUUUCGGUAUUUGCAUAUGGCGGUCCAGCGGUGAUGAACGAUAGGCAAACGGGCAUGUUUUAUCUUGCUCUUGGACUUAUGCAUCCGAGACUUGAUGUCAGAGAGACUGUUGCCGACCUGAUUGAUAAGAUCAGGGUUCAUGAGGCUGGUAGGCAUUUUUGGGCUGCGCUGGGUAGGUUUGAGCAGGCGGCUUUUGAUAGGGUUGUGCUUGCUAAGGCUGAGAGGGAGGACAGUGGGUUGUUGGUGUAG